GCCAGGUGUGAGCACAUCUAGGGGCCUGCACACGUUCAGUUCUGUGUUGUUGGGUUUUUUUUAUCUCAGACUUAACUGAUGCUUGACUCUCUGCUUUGUGCAUCAGCUCUAUUUUAUGAACACCUUUUGAAUCUUUUCUGAUUAUUAACUGGUGGACACAUUUAAAGUCUGAACCUUUAAUAAGCCAGAGAAAUGAAUUUUGAUGAAAUUCUCUGUCUCAUCGGGGGCUUCGGGCGGUUCCAGAAGCUCUUGUACGUGUGGAUCUCUGUACCUCAGAUAUUCCUGGCGUUGCACAUGUUCAUCUCUAUCUUCUCCGGGGCUGUUCCUCCACAUUUGUGUCGCCUCACAUGGCCUUCAGCUGAUGCUCCUGCUACCACGAACUUCACCCACAGCCGUCAGUCGGCCUCUGAUGGCUGGACACGGCUGUCCUGCGCUGCCCCCUUGAACCACAGUGGCCUUGGAAAUGGACUCCCUUCUGGGAGCUGCCAGGGGGGCUGGGAGUACAGUACAGAGACCUUUCAAAACACCAUAGUGACCGAGUGGGAUUUGGUUUGUGAUAAUGCCAACCUGAACAACCUGGGCUCCUCCAUCUACAUGUCUGGCCUCCUGGUCGGAGCUGUAGUGUUUGGGAGCUUAGCUGAUAAGUACGGUCGCAGAAUUAUCAUCCUCAUCAACCUCGCUGUCCAGGCUGUCUUUGGCGUCGCUGCUUCCUUCGCCCCUAAUUUCUACGUGUACACGGCUCUUCGGUUUAUCGUUGGAACGUCUAUCUCCGGGGUCAUCAUGAAUGCCUUCGUCCUGGGCACCGAAUGGACAGGAUCCAGGCAGCGGAUGCUGGCAGGGAUCAUCACCGACUACUCCUUUGGUUUUGGCUACAUACUGCUGGCCGGCGUGGCAUACCUCAUCAGAGACUGGCGUAAACUGCAGUUAGCUAUUUCAGCACCUGGUUUCCUCUUCAUCUUCUACAUCUGGGUGUUGCCAAAGUCAGCUCGCUGGUUAAUGGCCAAUGACAGGCAGGAGGAAGCAUGGGAAGUGAUCCGGAAAGCAGCUCAGAUGAACGGGCACCCCCUCACCAAAGAUCUGGAGAUGUGUCAGGUCUAUAAAGUUGAAGAGAAGACAGAGGUGAAGAGAAAAUACUCAUUCAUCGACCUUGUUCGAACCCCGAAGAUGAGGAAGCAGUCUUUAAUUGUGUUUUACCUCUGGUUCGCCAACGUGCUCGUGUACUACGGCCUGUCCCUCAACAUCUCUGACUUCAAUAUGAACAUCUAUCUGACCCAGCUGAUCUUUGGCCUGGUGGAGAUGCCUGCACGCACCAUCACCCUCUUCACCCUCAACCGCUCCCGCAAGAUCUCGCAGCUGGCUUUCCUGGUUGUGGGCGGCACGGCCUGCCUGCUCACCAUCUUUAUCCCCGAUGACCUGUCUGUCAUCAAAACCGUGCUGGCCAUGAUCGGGAAGUUUGGUAUCACGGCCUCUCUCUCCAUCAUUUAUAUCUACUCAGCUGAAGUGUUCCCCACAGUCAUCAGACAGAACGGGAUCGGUAUCGGCUCCAUGUGUGCUCGGACCGGAGGAGUCCUGGCUCCCAUGCUGUACCUCCUGAAGGGCAUCAGUCCUCACGCUCCCAUGUUCCUGUGUGGCCUCUGCCCUCUGCUGGGCUCUGCACUCGCCCUGAUGCUGCCUGAGACAGCCAACAAGCCUCUGCCCGACACCAUCGAAGACGUGGAGGGCUCCAAUUUCAGUGAGGAGGACGAGGGGGGUGAAGCAGGUGGUCCAUGAGACUCCUCUGAAGACAACAGGCGGUGUCUACAGCAGCUGGACGGACUGAUGAACAACAGCAGCACCACCAAGGCUGCCACACUCAUGAAGCAGGCAGCACACAUCAGGACUUAUUUAAAGGCUGAAGUCUUCUUUUGCUCUUGUGG